AUGCUUGCUACGGAAACGACAACAAGGGAACAAGUAACAAACGGCGCCGGGAGUGAAGCAGACCAGGCAACUGGACUUAUGAAGGAUGGGGAUCAAAGCUGCAAGGACGUCCCCACCCCGAUAGCGGAACUCUUCACGCCAAAGCGAUGGAUCAGAGAAGAACUGACAACGACCACCGGGAAGGAGUUUUCUGUUAUCAUCAGCAAGAGCAAGGCAAACACCGUGCUACAGUGGAAACCUGUGAACGAGCGCCUGCUGUACGUCAGGAUGAACUCCAAGUACGCCCAGCUGUCUGUUGUUGUGGGCUUCGCACCAAUAGACAAUGCGGAAGAAGAGGACAAGGAUGCAUUCUAUGACGCCCUUCAAAGUGAUUUAGAGGACAUCUCCCAAUACGACGUGCUGAUAUUGCUCGGCGACUUCAAUGCUAAGGUUGGCUGCGACAACAAAGACAGAGAGAUGACUAUGGGACGACAUGGAAUAGGUGUGAUCACCGUCAACGGGGAGUGA